AUGUCCAAACGCGCAAAAGAUCAUUCACAAAUCAAUCACUUUAUCACAAUACUAAAACGCUAUUUGAUAUACAACAUGUCGAAAAUCAAGGCCGGACCCGUUGUUGAUGUGCUCGGUGAUGAGAUGACCAGAAUUAUCUGGGAUCUCAUCAAGGAAAAACUAAUCUUACCUUUCUUGGACAUCGAACUGCAUGUCUACGAUCUUGGUAUUGAAAACCGUGAUAAGACUGAUGAUCAAGUUACCAUUGAUUGCGCUGAAGCCAUCAAGAAAUACAACGUUGGUAUAAAAUGCGCAACAAUUACCCCCGAUGAAAACAGAGUAGAGGAAUUCAAGCUGAAAAAAAUGUGGAAGAGUCCCAAUGGAACAAUCCGUAACAUUCUCGGCGGCACAGUCUUCAGGGAAGCCAUUAUUUGCAAAAAUAUUCCUCGCCUCGUAACUGGCUGGGAGAAGCCCAUCAUUAUCGGGCGUCACGCUCACGCUGAUCAAUACAAAGCAACCGACUUUGUUGUGCCUGGAGCUGGAACUCUUGAGCUUAUCUGGACUCCUCCCAACGGUGAACCCAUCAAACACGUUGUGAAUGAGUUCAAGGGUGCUGGUGUGGCCCUUGGAAUGUUCAACACUGAUGCGUCGAUCAUCGACUUCGCCCACUCUUCGUUCAAAUAUGCCCUUGACAGGAAAUACCCUCUUUACUUGAGCACAAAGAACACUAUUCUUAAGAAAUACGAUGGUCGCUUCAAGGACAUCUUCCAGGAAAUUUACGAAAGGGAAUACAAGUCCCAAUUCGAUGCAGCUGGUAUUUGGUACGAGCACAGGUUGAUCGAUGAUAUGGUUGCUUACUCCAUGAAGUCCGAGGGUGGAUUUGUCUGGGCUUGCAAGAACUACGACGGAGACGUCCAAUCAGAUUCUGUAGCUCAAGGUUACGGUUCCUUGGGAUUGAUGACAUCUGUGCUGAUUUGCCCCGAUGGAAAGACUGUUGAAGCGGAAGCCGCCCACGGCACAGUCACCAGACACUACCGGUUCUACCAACAAGGAAAGGAGACAUCCACCAACCCAAUUGCGUCAAUCUUUGCGUGGACCAGGGGUCUUCUUCACCGCGCCAAGUUAGACGAUAACGCUGAACUUAAGAACUUCGCCGAGACUCUAGAGAAGGUUUGCAUUGACACAAUCGAAGCUGGCAUUAUGACUAAGGAUCUUGCUAUUUGUAUUAAGGGCAUGAACAAUGUCAAGCGAUCAGAUUACUGUGAAACUUUCGAGUUCAUGGAUAAACUCGCUGAAAACCUCAAGAAGAGUUUGGGAAAGUGACUACCCAAAGAGAAGAAAUUAUGUAACCUAUGAACAAUCUAUACCAAUCAAUUUUUACGAAUGAAUUUUAUACCAUGUCACAAGGGAAUAGGGAUACUUUAUUUAAACCUUAUUUAUAACAUGUAAUUGUAAUUUAUUAUUGUAAUAAAUGCAAUUUUAAAAGACUUACAUUCAAAUUA